CCUCAUCUUAUUUUUCUGUUCUCUUUUUUUCUUUGUUUUUUAAGCACUAGAAUAGAAAAACAAUGUUUCAAAAUUCAGGUUCACAGUCAGGACCUGCAAAAGGUAUUCGUUUAAGCUUCUUGACACAGGCUGACCAAGCAAAGUUUGAGCAGCUCUUUGCUCAAAGUGCUGCUCCUUAUGGUGGUAGCAAAAUUCCUGCACAAACUGUAAGUGAGCUCCUAAGACGCUCUAACCUCGACAAUAACUCGCUGGCAAAGAUUUGGGAUCUUGCUUCUAUUGCCAAUGCACCUCAUUUGACAUUUCCCGAAUUUGCAGUAGCCAUGUUCUUGACUUCCAAGCAAUUAACGGGUCAAGCAUUACCUGCAUCACUUCCACCGAACAUACGAGAAGAAACUGAAAUUGCCAUGGCAACCAUUGAAUCGACCGAGACAUCUCAACAGCUUGUCAACACCAAUACACCACAAUACAUGAAUCCUCCUAUGAUGGCAGGUAUGCAGUCUACUGGCAUGCAGCCUCAAGUGGCAGGUAUACGACUUACAGGUAUGCAACCUACAGGUAUGCAGCCUCAAAUGACAAGUAUGCAGCCUCAAAUGACAGGUAUGCCUUCCCAAUUACCUAUAAUGACAGGCAUGCAAAGACCUACACCACCACCAAUACCUCAAUUACCAAUGCAGACAGGCUACACAAGUCAAUUUCAAGCACCAAUGCAAACAGGUUUCCAGCCAUCACAACCAUCAACAAAACCUCGUUUGCAAAACUUGGAUUUUGCAAAAAAGAUGAUGCCUAACCAAAAUGGUGUCACGAACCUUUUGAAUCCCAGUCUUGGCACCAAGGAUUCAGAACGUAUUUCUUGGAAGAUUAGCCCUGAAGAAAAGCAACGAUACCGUGAGAUUUUUGAUGCUUGGGAUGGAACAGGCACUGGAUUUAUGUCUGGUGAAACAGCAAAAGAUGUCUUAACACAAUCACAACUGCCACCUGAGGAUUUAAUGAAGAUCUGGAAUUUAGCAGAUCAUGACAACAAGGGAAGUUUGGAUCAUGAUGAAUUUGCCAUUGCCAUGCAUUUAGUUUAUCGAAAGAUGAAUGGAUUUGAGAUUCCUUCUGUCUUGCCUCCUGAACUUCGUCCUCCUUCUAGCUUGCUUAAGAAAUUUGUCAUUGGUCGCCGUCCUCCACCUUCCACACCAUCUUUCGGUAGUCCUCAGCAUCAACCAAGUAGAGAAGAGACCGAAGAUUAUUCGCUUUACAACAGCAACCAACAUGAUUAUGUCUCUAGUUCUCGUAGAAAGGGCCCUCAAUCUUUUGUCAGUCGCUCUUAUGCUAGUUAUAACAAUGAUGAUGACGAGGAGGAUGUUCGAGUUUUGGAAGAUCUUCGCCGUCAAAUUUCGGAAACGAAACGUCAACUUGACCGUAUGCCAAAAAUCACUACUACAUCUGCCUACAGUGCCAGCAAUAAAUACUCAUUAGAAGAAUUGAAAGAAAAAAUUAGACGUGCUCAUGAAGGCUUGCAUUAUGCUACUAAAAGCAACCCUUUAUCCAGUAAAUACUUUGAAAAUAAGGAAACAUUGCUUGGAUUAUUGGAAACACAGAAAUCACUUCAAGAUGAAAUUCAAUACUUGUGUAAUCGUGAUAUUCCUGUUUUGGCACGACAAUUGCGUGGCUCUGCUGCUGAAUUAAGAGAUGCUAAAGUACGCAACUCCCGAAAGACAGAUAGUUCUCAAGAUUUCAUGGCAUUUAUUCAACCCACGGGUCCUGGUGGAUCUAUUACUGAAAGUGACCGUGUGCGUGCUAAAGCCAAGGCUAUGAUGGCUGCACGUAAGGCUGGUCAAACCGGAUCAAGCUCAGACGCAAGCUUUGUUCUUCGUCGUGCAGAAGAAGAAAAAGAAGAAAUGGAUCGUAAAGCAGACAACGUUGAACGUGAAAUGGAAAAGUCUCGUACAGCUUUAUUGGAUAUGCGUGGUGAUUUGAGAUACUUAGAAGAAAUGCCAGCUUCAAAAGACUUGCAAGACAAAAAACGAUUUGAAAAUGGACAAGAACUUGCUUAUGAAUUGCGUCGUUUUAUUGAACAAUUGGACAGCAAGAUUUCAGAACCAUCAAGCUAUUCUCCUCAUACAUCGAGCAAUUUUAGAAGCACUUCUUCUUUAGGUGGUUAUCAAAGUCCCUCAUAUGUUGCUAGUCCUACUCUCUCUUCAGUAGCCGCAAGUCCAAAGCCCAAGCCUGCUCCUGCUCGUCCUCGUACAGCUGAAGAGAUCAAGAAAGAGGCUGAAAGACGUGUUCAAGAGCGCUUGGCUGCCAUUCAAGCCAAGAGAAAUCCUGGCAGUUCUCCUCGCUCUAGUGCAUCUGCUACACCCGCUACACCUGUACACAAUAAGCUCAAUGAAGCUGAAAAUGUUGAUCAACAUGCUGAGCGUGAAGCACAAGAAAUGCUGCGCGCUUCUGUAAGUCAACUUGAAGAAGCUGACCGAAAAAAGAGAGAAGUUGACCUCGAACGUCUUCGUGAAAGUGAAAAUCUUGAACGUCAACGUUUAGAAGACUUGCAAAGGGAAGAAGAAAGAGCUCGCAAACAAAGAGAGGAAGAAGAUGAAAAGAGACGAGAACAAGAGGAUCGCGAGUUUGAAGAAAGAAAGCGUCUGAGAUUGGCUAAAGAAGAGGCUGAUCGACAAGCUCGUUUUGAUGCUAUUAGACGUCAUGAAGAAGAAGAGGAGGCCAAGAAGGCUCAAAAGACAGAACACAAGCCCGAAGAAGUUCCUUCUACUGAACCUGCACCUUCUGUUUCAUCUCCUGCACCACCUCCACCUCCACCUCCAGCGGUAACAUCACCUGCUGUUCUAUCCGAAUCCCCUGCCCCUACUACUGAUGUUUCUGCUGCAACUACAAGCAGCAAUAAUCCUUUUGCUAAACUUCAACAAUCAAAUGCAGUCUCUCCUGUUGGUUCCUCUCAGGCAGAGAAACCUAACGAACCAACCACUACCACCAACAAACGUAUCAGCUAUAAUCCUUUUGCUACAUUCUCUGCAUUUUCUGCCACUAAAGGCAAUGCUCUAGACGACAGUGACUCUGAUGAUGAUGGUUGGGAUGUUGGCCAUGAUGAUUCAGAAGAUGAGAAUGAGUUCCCUGCUGCUGGCAGUGCCAAGAACUUGGCUGGUAUGUUGUUUGAUGCCAUGAGCAAGCGUGGUGAUAGCGAUGUCUCCCGUCAAGUCUCUCCCAAACCUGAUGCUGUAGAACCUGCUUCUUCAGAUGUUCCUUCCCCACCACCACCACCUCCUGCUGUUGAACGUGGUAUUCCUCCUCCUCCUCCCCCUCCAGCAGCUCCUGCCGUUGCUGCUGCUGCUGCUGCUCCAACAUCCACUGAUUUUACACCACCUACUGGUGGAAAUAUGAGAAAUGCCUUAUUGGGCCAAAUUCAAGCAGGUACUAAACUCAAGAAGACAGAGACCAAUGAUCGUAGUGCGUCUGCUAUUGCUGGUCAUGUUAUUGGCGAUGCAUCAGCACCUGUUCAAACAGCUUCACAAACACCAGUAGUUGCACCAGAGCCUGUUGCUGCCCCUCUUUCAAGUGGCGGUUUCUUAGCUGAAUUACAAGCACGUACAGAUGGUGCUAGUCCUCCUGUUGAGUCGGUCACUCCUGCUGCUGCUCCUGUCACGACUGAACAUACUGAAACAACACAUGAUGAGUCUUUACCUGAGAUUGAAUAUAUUGCCUUAUGGGAUUAUCCUGGAUCUGGUGAAGAUGACUUAUCGUUUUCACAAGAUGAUAUCAUUCUUAUUCGUGAUAAUAAUGAGACUGAAGAUUGGUGGUAUGGCACACUCCAAAAGAACAACAAGAAGGGCUAUUUCCCUAGAAAUUAUGUUCAAUUAAAGCCUGAAGCUGUCCCUGAAUUAAAUAUCAAAGCAAAAGCACUUUAUGAUUUUGAAGGCCCAGAAGGUCAGGGUUGUUUAGACUUCAAGAUGGGCGAAACAGUUAUCAUUCUUGUGAAAGAGAAUGAUGAUUGGUGGAAAGCAAAAUCAGAAGAUGGUACUCGUGUUGGCCUAGUGCCAGCCAACUACCUUGAAGAACAUGUUUAAGUUGAUGUCCUCAAUAAACAAAAAGCACUAUCAAGUACACGAAAAUGUUCUCUUUGAUCAUAUUUUUUUAAUGAACAUGCGUUCAACGAUGAUAGCUUUUUUAUAUAGUAAAUAAUAUAGGACUUGUUCAUUGCUAUUAAUAAACUCAUUUAUGAUAAAGUAUGGUAG